CCUGCCGUGCCGGGCUGACGCGGCUCUCGCGGCCAGGCAUGGCUGCGGCUCUACGGGUACCUGCCGCAGCCCAGCCGCCGGAUGUCCACCAUGCGCUCGGCUCAGACCUUCUCCGCCGCGCUCGCGGAGAUGCAGAAGUUCUAUGGCAUCACCGUCACCGGCGUCCUGGACGAGGAGACCAAGGCGUGGAUGAAACGUCCCCGCUGUGGGGUCCCGGAUCAGUUUGGAGCACGGAUGAAGUCCAACAUGCGUCGGAAGCGGUACGCGCUGACAGGGCGGCGCUGGAGCCAGAGCCACCUCACCUUCAGCAUCCAAAACUACACGGAGAAGCUGGGUCGGUACCACUCCCACGAGGCUGUCCGACGAGCUUUCCGGGUGUGGGAGCAAGCCACGCCGCUGGUUUUCCGGGAGGUGGCCUACGAGGACAUCCGGCAGAAGAGGAAGAAGGAGGCUGACAUCAUGGUGCUCUUUGCCUCUGGAUUCCAUGGAGACAGCUCUCCCUUUGAUGGCCUUGGGGGAUUUUUGGCUCAUGCCUAUUUUCCUGGCCCCGGCAUGGGGGGGGACACGCAUUUCGACUUGGAUGAGCCCUGGACGCUGGAGAAUGCGGAUGUGUCUGGGAACAACCUUUUUCUGGUGGCCGUGCAUGAGCUGGGGCACUCGCUGGGCUUGGAGCAUUCCAGCAACCCCAGUGCUAUCAUGGCACCCUUCUACCAGUGGAUGGACACGGAGAACUUCCAGCUGCCUGAGGAUGACCUCAAGGGCAUCCAGCAGCUCUACGGUACCGCAGAUGGGCACCCUCAGCCCACCAAGCCUUUGCCCACCGUGACACCCCGGAGACCUGGCAGGCCAGACCAGAGACCCCCUAAACCUCCCCCUCCGGGGAAACCAGAGCGACCACCGAAACCUGGCAGCCCCGACCGACCUGACCAGUAUGGCCCUGACAUCUGCGAUGGGGACUUCGACACGGUGGCGGUGCUGCGCGGGGAGAUGUUUGUCUUCAAGGGCCGGUGGUUCUGGAGGGUCCGGCACAACCGGGUGCUGGACAACUACCCCAUGCCCAUCGGCCACUUCUGGCGGGGCCUCCCUGGGGACAUUGAUGCUGCCUAUGAGAGGCAUGACGGGAAGUUUGUCUUCUUUAAAGGUGACCGGUACUGGCUCUUCAGAGAAGCCAACCUGGAGCCCGGGUACCCACAGCCCCUGGUCACCUAUGGGCAGGGCAUCCCCUACGACAGCAUUGACACGGCCGUCUGGUGGGAACCCACAGGACACACCUUCUUCUUCCGUGGGGACAGAUACUGGCGCUUUAACGAGGACACGCGCUCGGUGGACCCUGGGUACCCAAAGCCCAUCUCUGUCUGGGUGGGCAUCCCUCCCUCGCCCAAGGGAGCCUUCCUCAGCCCAGAUGCAUCCUCCACCUACUUCUACAGAGGCACAAAGUACUGGAAAUUCGACAAUGAGCGUCUCAAGACAGAGCCAGGCUAUCCCAAAUCCAUCCUACGGGACUUCAUGGGCUGUCACACGGAGCUGGUCCCAGACCCCAAUCCCCGCUGGCCCGAUGUGGACCGACCCCCCUUCAACCCUGAUGGAGAUGGGGGGACUGAAGGUGAGGAGGAGGAGGAGGAAGAUGAGGAUUACAACGAGGGAGAUGGCCAGCCAGGCAGGGACGUGGACGUGGUGGUGCAGAUCGAUGAGUACACACGCACCAUGAGCGUGGUCAUGGUGCUGGUGCUGCUGGUGCUGCUGCUCUGCAUCCUGGGCCUCAUCUACGUCAUCGUCCAGAUGCAGAGGAAGGGGGCACCCCGAAUGCUCUUGUACUGCAAGCGCUCCUUGCAGGAGUGGGUCUGA